CCAAAAACAAAGUGCAAGAUAGUACGUAGUGGAGAAGAAGAUGGGCUCGUCUCCAAAUAACGAACACUCUCUAACUGAAACCCUAAACCCCUGUACUGAAACCUCCACAGCAAUGACCCUCCACGAUUUACCCAAUCAACGCCACGACCAAGAGCAACUUCAACCCUCCAAUCCUCCACCGACGGCCCAGGUAUCCGCCUCCGCCGCCGCUACUACCGCUAACGAUGGCAACAGCAGUGGCAGUAACCUAUGCGAGAAGCGAAAGCGGGAGGAGACGGAGCAACCAGAGACACAGCAAAUAAUUGACCAUUCACUUAAUCCAUAUUACAAAACGUCCCUAUGUUCAUAUUUCAGGCGGUACUCAGAAUCCUGUAGCCAUGGCAGUGAGUGCAGGUACGCGCAUGGCGAAGAGGAGCUCCGGCCGCGGCCAGAUAACACUUGGGACCCGACAUCAGAGCGAGCGAAGAAAGCCAUGAAAUUGGAGGAGAAGAAAGAUUAUAUACAUGAGGAUAAAGAAGAGGAGAUUAUGAUGACUGAGAUGCUUGUUGAUAAUGGCGAAGCUGAAGGCGGUGAAGGGGGCUGUUUGGAUCCUGAGCUUAGCAAGUGCUUGGUGCAUCUGCCCAGGAAAUGGAAUUCGGAUAACUUUAGGAACUUUCUCAAUGAGCAAGGUGUUCACUUCAAAUUGGCAAAGAAAAAGAAAGGCAUGAUUGUAGGUUUUGUGACUUUUGAGGGAGUUGACCAAUUGAAACGUGCAAGCGAGGAGCUGCAAGGAAAAUCUGUUGGCAACAAGAAAAUAAAGGUUGCUGAUGUGAUCCCCCGAUCAUAUGACAAGAAAAUAAAAUCAGCUAUGGAGCUCCCUCAAAAUACUCCACAGAAAAUGGAACCUUCAGAAGUAACUGAGGAUGGUGAUACAAAUGAUGACAGCUCAAUAUUAGAUGGUUCAAGUUCCAAGGCAAAAAGUGCACGUGAUGCAGUGACUCCCCUUUCUCAUAUGCCUUAUGAAGACCAGUUGGAGCACAAGAAGAGCUCUAUCAUGCAAAUGCUAAAAAAACUUACUAGAAACACACGCAAAGCUUGUCCACAUGGUGUUUCUUUGCCAGAAUGGGUGCUCAAGUCUAAGGAAAUAGGUGGUCUUGCAUGCAAGCUUGAGGGUAUACUUGAAUCUCCAAUUGUGAAUGGAUACCGUAAUAAAUGUGAGUUUUCAGUUGGAUGUUCUCUUCAAGGAAAACCUAUUGUUGGUUUUAUGCUAGGAAAUUUUAGAGAUGGCGUGACAGCUGUAGAAGAACCUGCUGACUGCCCGAAUGUUUCUAGCAUUGCUUAUAAGUAUUCUUUUAUUUUUCAAGAAUUUCUGCAAGAAUCAGCCUUGCCAAUUUGGAACAGAUUUAACAAUACUGGAUUCUGGCGUCAAUUAACAGUCCGAGAAGGAAGAGUACCAGAGAAAGAUGCUGAUGUAAAAAACCAUAAUGUUAACAUUUCAGAGGUCAUGCUUAUUGUUCAGGUCUGCCUAGCUGGCUUUGAUGAUGAACUAAUAAACAAUGAACUUGGGAGGUUAUCUCAUGCCUUUGCUGCUGGAGCUGCUGCAAAUUCUCCUCCUUUGCCUCUAACAGUUUUGGUUCUUCAGGAUCACCAAGGAAUAUCAAAUGUUGCUCCGGCUGAUGCUCCGUUGCGUAUUUUACCCCUUCCAAAUGAAAAUAGUUCUAAAGUGGAGGCGGGCAACAAUGUUGUUCCAAAUGCAGAAGGUAGCUCUGAACCAGAUGCAAUCAAGAAUGUUGUUCCAAAUGCUGAAAAUAUUUCUGAACUGGGUACGACCAAGAAUGUCAUCGAAGUGAGAAUCCAUGAUUAUAUAAGUAAUCUCCGCUUCUCAAUAUCACCAACUGCCUUUUUCCAGGUUAACACACUUGCUGCAGAGAAACUAUAUGCACUUGCUGGAGAUUGGGCUGGUUUGGGUCCUGAUACCUUGCUGUUUGAUAUAUGCUGUGGGACUGGGACAAUUGGACUUACUUUAGCACAUCUUGUUGGAAUGGUUGUUGGGAUUGAAAUGAAUGCUUCUGCAGUUUCAGAUGCUCAUCGGAAUGCUGAAAUCAAUGGCAUUAAAAACUGUAGAUUUGUUUGUGCAAAGGCAGAGAAUGUGAUGGCAUCUCUAUUGAAGGAGUACCUAAAUGGAUGUCAGAAACAAGAUAAACUACCAAAUGCAUGUGGAAGUGGUGACAAGGACAUAACUACUGACAAAGAUAAAGAUAAUCCCACGGGUAAUGAGAACUCGAGCCAUGAGCUUGGCAAGGACAAAGGUGGUUCUGGGUGUUCAGAAAAUGGUGGACAAGAAAACCAAAAUCAACUUCAGAAGAGUUCUAGCUCAGAAGAUGAGAAUUCAUCUAUUCCACAGUUUAAAAAUGUUGUUGCUAUUGUUGAUCCUCCUCGUAGCGGGCUUCAUCCCACCGUUAUCAAAGUCUUGAGAACUCAUUCCCAUCUACGGCGUCUUGUUUAUAUUUCCUGCAAUCCUGAAACCUUAGUAGCAAAUGCCAUUGAACUCUGCACACCUUCUCCUGAGAAAAUAGAGAAAGAGAAUAAAAAUAACUGGGGAUGGAGGAACAGGAGCAGUGCUGGUUUGGCCCGCCAUAGAGCGAAGUCCAUGCCUAUUUCAGAGCAUUUCCAACCUGUAAAGGCCAUGGCUGUUGAUCUUUUUCCACAUACUACACACUGUGAAAUGGUGAUGCUCCUUGAGAGGUAAAUAGACCAUUCAGAUAUCAUAUAAUUCAUAAGAAUUGAUGAAAAUUUCUGUUGCCAUGUGUUCCAAUUUUGAUAGAUAGGUUAUGUCUUACAUUCUUGUUUAAAACUUUGUUUGAUUAUUAUUUAAUUUCUGUUAACAUGAAAGAUGGGUUCCCAACUAUAUGUGGAAAGCUCAUCCUCCACUUUGUACUACAACUAUAUAACAAAAAAAUAAAAAAUAAAAUUGUUUUUAUUUUA